UUUCUUUUAUCUUCACUUUUAUAACAAAAAUUUUGUUCUCUUUUCCCAUAGGAUCUAACAUUUAGACAAAUCUUUUUUGUCUCAAUCCCAGAUAGAACCUUAUUUGCUAGCCAAUGUCUUUCACUGAUUCCUUCAUAGAUUUUGUUUCUCAGCCUCUGCAAAAGAGCAUGGAUACAAUGCAACUCUGGAAUAUUUUCAUUCUAUUUUUGUGAUAUGUUAGUGGCAUUGCUAUUUUGAGCUCUUCUAAUAAAUUGUAUACUGUAGAUUACAUUAUCUAGUAUCAAUUAUCAAUUUUUUUUUUUUGGAUUGAAAUAUUUCAUUGCAGCAAUAUAUGAAAAAUGUGCUUGGGUUAGGAUUUAGCUGUUAUGAUUAGUGGCAGAAUGCCAAUUUCCUUGAAAUGCUUUGAGUAGUAUUAGUGGAUUGUUUUUGUUUGUUAUCUCCAGUCUUCUCCUGAAAAUGCUUUAUUUCAUUUUACCAUUAUUCUCUGUUUGGGCAUCUGUGCCUAUUUUUGUACUGACCUUGUACUCUGUAAGAAACUUAUUUUCUAAUUUCUUCUUCAGUUAUUAAGCAUUAUGAUAUUUACUUAUUCUUGUAGAAUCUGGCCUUGUUCCUGUUCUCAUUUAAACAAGUGGGAAUUAGAACUUUGGAAAGUAGGAAAAGCUACUCUAUUAGGUUUUGCCUGCUUUGAUUUUAUUUUUUUUUGCUGCUUGUUCUCUUCGUUUUUAGUCUGCCUGCUUGUCUGUCAUAAAAUGUACUGUUGGGAUGUUUUUUCCUCUGAUAGCCUUGCAUGCUACUGUGAUCAAUUGAGUCUCAGUGUUUCCAGGUUGCUACAUGACUUUUUUUAACCUUUGUAGUGGAAAUAGCCCCAAGAAUGAUAAAGGAAGGAGGGGAGAUGAAGUUACAUUUUUCAGUGUAUCUUUAUACUUUUUGAAAUAGCGAAGAUGAAUUUAGCAGUGGAAUUGAUUUUCUCCUGUUAAUGUAGGAAGAUGAUCCUGUUUCUGGUCAUAUUUUUUCUUACCUGUGAAAAUCUUGCUGCUGGAUUCACUGGCAGGCUAUGUGAAGCACAGUUCUGCAACUCUGUAUCAGGUGAAGAGGAGAGUACAGACAGAUAUGAAAGUCAGGAAUUUCUUGGAUCUACAGCAAAUUUGGAGAGAGAUUUUCAUGGAAAGAAGGGGUUAAAGAAAAUCACUACCACAACUUCUGCUAUAGGUAUCGUGAGAUACUCAAACCCAUAAUUCUAGUCACAUUUCAAAAUCAUCUGCUGUCCAGCAAUCUUCUAAAAUAGUUUUUUUGGCAUAUGUUGGUUUUAAGCCUCAUGGACAAAUUGUCUUCACUUAACUAUGCUCUAGGAGUAUAGAUCUGCAUAAGAGCUCUUUAAAACUGUUCAGUUAAGUUCUGUUGAUCUAAAUGUUGCCUUUUGUCUUGUGAUAUUCAAGUAGAGGGUCUAUACUUUAGAGAUAUCAAAAGGGGCUCAGUCUGUCCUAAGUUACAUUAAGUAGCUGCUUGUAGGUACUUAAACAUCUAGGGAUCAGACUUUGAGCAAAGCGCAAUCAUCUCUAGCAAUAUGUCUGGUUAAAAGCACGUGGUUAUUGUCUGAAUGGCUUUAGAUAGAAUUUUCACUUGUACUGAUAGGGCUGAAUUAACCAAUCUGAGAAAACUUUGUCUGCCUUUGCUUUUGUUUGGUGUUCUUAUUCUCACUUGUUAAUGCUAUAACCCUAUGAGAUGUUGUCAUAAUUCUGUGAUAUGUACUCUUGAGUGUGAUGUAUUUCAGACUGACUUGUGUUUCUAUGUAGGCUUACACUUGUGUAAGUCUAAUAAUUUGAGUAUUUUCUUUGUCCUAUUUUGUGAAAGCUGAUUUCAUAGUGUUACUCAUCUUCAGAAGGAAUACUUAAGUAAGGUACUAGGAGAAAAUGCUUGAGGAAGAAAUGGUUAAUAUUUCAUUCUUACCCACUGAUAGAAAGUGUUGGGUUUAUUUUGUUUGGUUUUGUCCUUCUUAGGUACCUUUAAAACAUUUUUGAUAGGGGAUUUUUAACAGCAGUUUGGAGUAUAUAAACAGAAGAAAAGCUGUAGUCAUGAUUAGAUUGUGGCUGACCUAUACUCACAAAGUGAGUGCAGUGGAUUAUGAAGGUACUGGAGUCAACUUUGACGCUGCAAAUUCAGGUACAGACUAGGGAUAAAUUUCUUAGCUGAAAAUGCAGAAUAGGUGUAGUUUUAUUUACAGUCUGACAGAUCCUUAGAGUGUUACCAGAUGUAGUUUUGCAUUUCUUCUGUUCUGAAGGCUUAUGUGAUCAAGAUAUUCUACUGCUGUUGCUGCUUGAUUUUGACUACAUAGCUUCAGCCAUUACAUAGGAUAAGACAUAAAUGGACAACCUUGAGGCAUUUGUAUCCAUUUCUUUGCUAAUGCUCCCCUGUUUUUAUUUCUUUAAAGUGAAUUUUUGUUGUACUGCACGUGGUAAAUGAAAUCAUUGUUGCUAAGCUGGUAAGCAGUAUAACAUCCACGUAGGUCUGUCUCCUUGUCUCAGCAAUGACAUGUUUUCAUCUAAUUCUGGACAAAAAAUGCAAUUACUGCUUAGCAAAACUGCAAUCUUCAAUAUUCUAAGAAUUAACAGACAACUAAUAUUAGUGGGGGAAUGUGUCUCACUAAUGUGAGAACUCGUUUCUUGUAUGUUAGACACAAAUCCUGAGGCAGCCUCCACAGUUAUGACUGGAGGAUAACUAUGUAAUACAAUUAUUUCCAUUAUUCUUGUCUCUGUUUCUAACAGCUCUUUUUAAAUGCUAACAAUAAAGUGGCAGACAAGAGUGAAAAAGACCUUGCCAACAAAUUACUGACAGAAAUGAAUGAGGACCAGGUAUUUCAGGGACGUCUAGACUGCUUGGCAGUAUCAACUAUUCAGGCUUUCACAGCAGUAAUGCACAAGUCUCCAGCUGCUAAGGAGGUCUUCAAGGAGAGAAUUGGUUAUGCACAUAUCUAUGAGGUACUUAAGUCACUGGGCCAGCCCUCAAGGGAACUGCUGGAAGAACUCAUGAAUAUGGCUGUUGAAGGUGACCACAUGGCUGUUGGGAUACUAGGCAUUAGUAAUGUCCAGCCAUUAUUGCUGCUUAUCCAAUGGCUUCCAGAGCUUGAGUCACAUGACCUGCAGAUUUUCAUCUCAAAUUGGUUGAGGCGGAUCUGCUGUAUUAACAGGCAGAGUCGUGCCACGUGUGUCAAUGCGGACAUGGUCAUCCGUAUCAUUGAGACACUAAAUCACCACUCUGCACUCCAUUGUACUUGUGCAGAGAACCUGAUUGCCCUUCUGGGCUCCUUAGGGAGCCAGUCAAUGGGGUCAGAAGAACUGCUUCAACUAAUACGGCUCCUGAGGACUGAGGAGCCAAAACAGGCUCACCCUUAUGUUAUUCCAGUGGUGCGAGCCAUUCUGGCAAUGGCUCGGAAACAAGGCAUGGUUAGUGCCUUGCAGUAUUUCAACUUGUGUCACAGUAUGGCAGGAAUUGCUGUUCCAUCAAUUCAGAGGUGGCCAGGCUCUGCAUUUUCUUUCAAUGCUUGGCUCUGCCUUGAUCAAGACCAGGUGGACCCUAGCACAGCCUGCAAAACUGGCAAGCGGAAGCAACUGUAUAGCUUUUUUACAGGAAGCGGUAUGGGUUUUGAAGCCUUUAUCACAUGCUCUGGAGUAUUGGUGGUAGCAGUUUGCACAAAGAGGGAAUAUGCAACAGUGAUGCUGCCUGACCACUGUUUUUUUGACUCACUCUGGCACAACAUAACUAUUGUUCACAUGCCUGGAAAGAGACCCUUUGGUCAAAGCAUUGUGUACAUCUAUGUCAAUGGACAGCAGAAGAUCUCUGCCCCACUUCGAUUUCCUGCCAUGAAUGAACCUUUUACUUCUUGCUGCAUUGGUUCAGCUGGUCAAAGAACAACAACUCCUCCUCCAUCUCAGAUACCAGACCCACCUUUUUCUUCCCCUGUCAUGCCCCAUCGUACAUCAUUUGGGGGCAUUCUCUCUCCAGGAAGCUGGGGUGGGAUGCUUGCAAAACCAGAACUCAUCACCAAGAUGAUCUCAGCAGGGACUCAGGAUAGUGAAUGGGGAUGUCCAACAUCACUGGAGGGCCACCUUGGUUCAGUUAUCAUCUUUCAUGAAGCACUGCAACCCCCUCAGGUGAAAGCAUUGUAUUUGGCAGGUCCAAACUGUUUAACUCCGUGGAAAUCUCAAGAGCCUGAAGUAGCAGAUCUCCCCAGUAAGGUGUUGCUGCAUUACACACCAAAGGCCUGCAGAAAUCCAAUUUGUCUUGACCUGUCUGCAAAUCUCUUACAUGGAAGACUAACUGGAAACAAAGUAGUGAACUGGGACAUCAAGGAUAUGAUCAACUGCAUUGGUGGAAUAAAUGUGCUGUUUCCAUUGCUGGAACAGAUCAGUGUUCUUGGUAGACAGAUGCCUGAGAAGUCUGUAGGGGAAACUCUACCUCCUGAAGUAGUUACUCCUGUAGAGGGAGACUGGGUGGUAUUGUCAUCUACGAAGGCAUCAGAAGCACGCCUGGAGAAGAACAUCGUUGCAACUUUCAUCCUGAUGAUUAAACACUUUAUUCAGAGACACCAUGUUAAUCAAGAAAAUCUCAUUCACUCCCAUGGAGUUGCCACCCUAGGAACCUUGUUGCAGAAGGUGCCAAGCAUCUUAAUGGAUGUGAAUGUACUGAUGGCUGUACAGCUGUUGAUAGAGCAAGUCUCAGUUGAAAAGAACUUGCAACUUCUGCAACAAAUGUAUCAACACUUACUUUUUGACUUCAGCAUCUGGAACAGUGGGGACUUCCCUUUCAGAAUUGGGCAUAUACAGUAUCUUUCUACGAUCAUCAAAGACAGCAGGAGGCUCUUCAGAAAGAAGUAUGGUGUACAGUUUCUUCUAGACACACUGAGAGUUUAUUAUGGAACUGGCAGCAAAGACAGUGAUUUAACUCCUGAUGACCUGAGAACUAUACAGACAUCCCUUUAUGGACUGAUCAAAUAUUUUCUAAGUAAAGGUGGAACACAUGAAGAAAUACAGAGCAUUGUAGGAUACAUAGCUGCUACCAGUGAAGAAGAACAGCUCUGUGGAAUCCUGGAUGUUCUGUUCAGCCUUCUUCAUUCCAGCUCAGCCCCAGAUCAGCUUUUUUUAUUACUUUUUGAACCAGGAAAUGCUGAUAUUCUUUAUGCUUUGUUAUUGCACCAGAGAUACUCCGACAGGCUUAGAGAACUUGUGUUCAAGAUUAUGGAAGAGAUGCUGAAAUGUACUAAAGUUUAUGAACGUAGUAAGCACCGUAUGAGACUCAGAGAAGUGGGGUACUCUGGACUUGGACUCCUUUUGAAUGAAUCAUCAGUCACUAUUUCUCUCAUAAAAAACCUUCUUAACCAAGUUCUCCAUGCAGAUCCUGCUGUGAAUUAUAAAGAUCUUUUAGCUGUAGUGCAUCUGGCUCAUAGAUCAGAUAUAAACAUGAGAGUGGUUAUCUGUAGAAAGGUUUUGCAUCUUUUGCAUUCCCAACUGGAUGCAGCACAACAGAUUUCUCAGCAGCUGGGCUGGCAGGACACUUUGAUUAGACUCUUCCUGAAAGAGAAUUCUGAGGUCCGGAUUGGCUUUAGAGAAAAUAGGGCUGACUCCUCAAGGGAAGAGGAAAAAAAGCCGCCUGCUGAAGAACUUCAGAAAUAUCAUGCAGAUAAGAUGGAGGGAGAUAAAACUGAUACCUUUGCAUCUGUGAAUGGUUUGUUUGAUCAGUGGAGUUUAGAAGACAAUAAAUCCUUGGAUGUCCCAGCUCAUUUCUCUGCUAUGCCACUAGAAGAUGCAUCCACAGCAGAGAUGUCUUUCAAGUCAGAGGACCGAGAAGAUUUGUGGCACAGUAAUCCUUCACAUUUGAGUCUAGAUCUGUCCAGUGUUGACUCUUAUGAACUGGCUGAUGUUGUGAAUCAGAUGACAGACAGCCUGCCCAGCACACCAUCACCUAUAGAGAACAGAAAACCAUUUUCUGGGCAGCCUGAAAAGGAGUUAGAUGUCAUAAGUGAUGUAGGCUUCAACGCUGCUGAUCUAUCUUCAUUUGAAAAUCAAGGAGGUGGUGAUAAUGAACUGAUACAGUUACUUACAGAUAUCCUGCUGUGCAUAAUGUGGAAAGGCAUUGAAAGAUCUGAUGAUGAGGCUUGGGUAGAGAGAGGACAGGUGUUUUCUGCACUGACCAAACUGGGAAUAUCUAAUGAGUUGCUGCGACCUUCUGAUGAAAUAAAACUCAACUUGUUGGAGAAGAUGUUAGAAUGGUCAGUCACUGAUAACAGAGAUUCUAAAGCUCUCCCUACACACACUGAAAAUGCUUUCCGGCUCUUGCUAAUUGUACAAGAUUUCCUGCAGGCAGAAGGACUUGUUAACUCAAAUUUAUGGACAGAAAAGCUAUUGGAGGAAUUGGUGACUCUUAUGGAUAGCCUGUCAGUCUGGUACUCUGCUGGCCCAGAAGCAGCCUGGUUUUCACAGGUGCAAGUCCAGUUGCUCCUUGGAUUCAUUGCACAAGACAACUUGCAGGUCUGUGCUAUGGCAGCAGCCAAACUGAACACCCUUCUUCAGACCAAAGUAAUAGAGAGUCAACCUGAAGCAUGCUACCUGUUGGGGAAGCUGGAAGGUAUCCUAAGUAGAUCAAUUGAAGAGAAGACAGAAACAUAUUCAUUUUUGAUUCCACUUGUUCGGACGCUGGUAUCCAAAAUUUAUGAACUUCUCUUCAUGAAUCUGCAUCUCCCUUCAUUGCCUUCUACCAAUGGCAGCCCCUCUUUCUUUGAGGACUUCCAAGAAUAUUGUCGAUCUGAUGAAUGGAAGGUUUAUAUUGAUAAAUAUAUUAUUCCAAAUAUGAAACAGUAUGAAGAAAACUCAUUCAGACAUAGUCAUGAGCAGAUGGCAGUUUAUUGGAAGGAUUGUUAUGAAGCAUUUAUGGUGAAUAUGCACAAGAGAGAUCGGGAGAGCGGAGAAAGCAAGUUGAAAUUUCAGGAGCAUUUUGUGGAACCGUUUGGCAGAAAGGCUCGACAGGAAAACCUGCGGUACAACAGUAUGCUAAAGCAACUUAAUAGUCAACACACAGCUACUCUGAGGCAAUGGAGAGCAGCCCAACUUUACUUACUCUCUGAACGUGGUCCUUGGUCUGAAAUGAAACAGCAUCCUGUUCACUGGAAACUUUCAAAUGUUGAAAAUUUUUCACGUAUGAGACUAAAACUGGUGCAGAAUUACAACUUCAACUCUCAUCAGGAUGCUAGUGACCUGAGAGAUAAUUUAGGUGUGUACCAGACACAACCCUCUAGUGAGUCUCUGCUUCUGGAGGUGGUAAAGCAGGUGAAAGUGAGUGACUUGGAAGAUGAUGUGCUUGAACUGCCAGAAGAAGACACAGCAACCAGUUCCAAUAUGGAUGAGAAGGAUGAACAGAGUCAGAAAGAAAAGCUAAUAUUGUCUGAAAACUGUGAACUCAUUACUAUAAUUGAUGUGAUACCUGGCAGACUGGAGGUCACUACUCAGCACCUAUAUUUCUUUGAUGGUAGCAUCGAAAAAGACGAGGGAGUUGGUUUUGAUUUCAAAUGGCACCUUUCUCAAAUUCGAGAGAUACAUCUGCGUCGGUACAACCUGAGGAGGUCAGCUUUGGAGAUCUUCCUUACAGAUCAAACCAACUACUUCCUCAACUUCAAUAAGGAGGUAAGAAACAAAGUAUACAGUCGAAUAUUGUCACUGCGUUCUCCAAAUAUUUCUGGGACCCGAUCUCCUCAGGAGCUCUUUAAAGCUUCAGGCUUGAUGCAGAAAUGGGUGAAUAGAGAAAUAUCCAACUUUGACUACCUUAUUCAGCUGAACACAAUGGCAGGACGAACUUAUAAUGAUCUUGCUCAAUAUCCUGUGUUCCCCUGGAUUUUACGAGAUUAUACAUCUGAAGAACUGGAUCUGAAUAAUCCAGCAGUCUUUAGGGAUCUAUCCAAACCCAUUGGAGUGGUAAAUGAAAAGAAUGCUAAGGCUGUGAAAGAGAAAUAUGAUAAUUUUGAGGAUCCCCUUGGAGUGAUUGACAAAUUUCACUAUGGGACACACUAUUCAAAUGCUGCUGGUGUCAUGCAUUACCUCAUUCGGGUAGAACCUUUCACAACUCUUCACAUCCAACUUCAAAGUGGCAGGUUUGAUUGUGCUGAUCGACAGUUCCAUUCUAUUCCUGCUACCUGGCAAGCACUCAUGGAUAAUCCCAAUGAUGUCAAGGAACUUAUUCCAGAAUUUUUCUACUUCCCAGAAUUCCUGGAGAACCAAAAUGGCUUUAACUUGGGUCAGCUUCAGAUAUCCAAAGAAGCAGUAAAUGAUGUUGUUCUUCCCAAGUGGGCCCAUUCCCCAGAAGACUUCAUUUAUAAACAUAGGAAGGCUCUGGAAUCAGAGUAUGUUUCUGCUCAUCUUCAUGAAUGGAUAGAUUUGAUUUUUGGCUACAAGCAGAGGGGACCAGCUGCAGUGGAGGCACUCAAUGUGUUCUAUUAUUGUACUUACGAAGGGGCUGUGGAUUUGGAUGCUUUAACAGAUGAGAAGGAAAGGAAAGCUUUAGAAGGGAUGAUAAACAAUUUUGGACAAACUCCCUGUCAGCUGUUGAAGGAGCCCCAUCCUCAGAGGUUGUCAGCAGAAGAGGUAGUGCAAAGACUAACUAGAAGUGAUACCUCUACUCUGAAUCUCUUCCAACACCUCACUGAACUGAAGUCAUUCUUCAUAGAGGGAAUCAGUGAUGGUGUUCCCAUCGUCAAAGCUGUUGUCCCCAGGAAUCAGUCACGUUCCUUUAUGUCUCAGGGAAGCCCAGAGAUAUUGGUAACAGCAAGUCUGAAUUGCAUUAUUGGAACCCAUGGUUGGCUGCCUUAUGAUAAAAACAUCUCCAACUAUUUUACAUUCAUCAAAGAUACUACAGUGACAAAUCCCAAAACACAGCGCAACAUGAGUGGUCCUUUUGCACCAGGACUGGUGAUCACUUCUAAGUUGUUUGCAGUAUCUCAUGAUGCAAAACUCCUCUUUAGUGGAGGACACUGGGACAACAGCAUCAGAGUGACAUCUCUUACAAAAGGCAAGCUGAUUGGACAGCACAUCAGGCACAUGGAUAUUGUGACCUGCUUGGCAAUAGAUUAUUGUGGAAUUCAUUUAAUUUCUGGAUCCAGAGACACAACCUGUAUGAUAUGGCAAAUAGUUCAGCAGGGAGGAGUGCCUGUAGGCCUGACACCUAAGCCGUUACAGAUCCUUUACGGGCAUACUGAUGAAGUUACAAGUGUUGGCAUCAGCACUGAGCUGGACAUGGCAGUGUCAGGAUCCAGGGAUGGGACUGUUAUUAUCCGCACCAUUCGAAAAGGUCAGUACAUGCGAACUUUGCGACCACCUUGUGAGAGUUCCCUACUGCUUACUGUUCCCAAUCUGGCUGUGUCCUGGGAAGGCCAUAUUGUUGUCCACACCAGCAUAGAAGGGAAGACCACUCUUAAGGAUAAGAAUGCAUUACACCUCUAUUCUGUCAAUGGAAAGCAUCUGGGUUCUGAGACUCUGAAGGAAGAAGUGUCAGAUAUGUGUGUGACUGGCGAGUACAUUGUGAUGGGCAGCUUACAGGGAUUUCUUUCCAUACGCGAUCUCUACAGCUUGAAUCUGAGCAUCUCUCCAUUAGCCAUGCGACUGCCAAUUCAUUGCAUUUCUGUCACCAAAGAGUAUAGCCACAUCCUUGUUGGCUUGGAGGAUGGCAAGUUGAUUAUCGUUGGUGUUGGCAAGCCAGCAGAGAUGCGCUCAGGUCAGCUUUCCCGAAAGCUCUGGGGAUCAAGCAAACGGCUCAGCCAGAUUUCGUCAGGAGAGACUGAAUAUAACACUCAAGAUUCCAAGUGAUUGCUGCUUCUACCUUCUCUCAUGGAGUCCAGAAACUUAUUUUAUAUUUUGGUCACUUUAAAUGUACAUCUGUUUUCAGGGGCUUCACUCUCAGUCUGUUGAAGAUGAACCUAUGGUAGAGGUAUAGUAAAAAGCAUAUGUACUCAUGCAAGUUAGCUUGCUUGCAUAUUUUUCCUUAACCACAUUGAUUUGGUUACAACAGAAUCCCUCUCUAAAUAGCUGCUAAAACAGGGUUUCAGGGAAAAAAAAACCAAAAAGCAGCCAAACAAAGGAAAAAAAGGAAAUGGGUGCAGAAAACAAAAACACCAGACCUCCACACCCAAGCCUUGCUAAUUGAACCUAAAAUAAAUAGCAUUUGAUUUAAAACUGGCUCUAUUAGCCAGAUGCUCCUUGACCACAAGAAAGAUACUUGGCAGUGCUUUGAGAGCACUAAUUUCCCAUCAGUGAAUUAAAACUGUUAUAGUGGUACUAUUCAAAACUGGUAUAGUUGACAAUUAUGAUUUUUUUCACUGUCUUUAGAUUAAUGAAUAACUUAUUGUGAUUUGUUUCUGUAAAUGGCCAUUGCUGUCAUCUUUUAUGUAGUUCCAGUUUUAGGCUGUCUGUAAGGAGCAUCUGUGUUGUACUACUUGAUUAUGAAAAAUUCUUAAGUACAGACAUGAGUAACUUCAAAGGAUUUGAAGGUGGUGGAUGAGCUGAAGGAGGUAGGAAAACUUGCUGCUAAAAAUUAUUUAUAUUUUUAAGUAGACUAAAACACUUAGGAAUCCCAUAAUAUAGUUAAUAUCUUGAAGAAAUAUGGAGGAGUAAUUGCAUAUCCAUGUCAGUUAAAGAUCAGUCUUUAAUAGUAAGGCAACUCCUGCAAAGAAAGAACAAAUUCCAUUGCAAAAUCAUUUAAACAACAUUACAGCACAAAUUAAUUAAAUAGCACCUGUUUUUUUUCUUGGCAUAGUAUUCACCAAAGCACUUGCUGGCUGUAUUUUUUUUCUGUUAAGCAGGGAAAUAGUGUAUCUGUUUUCAAGAUGUGUUUAAUAGUGGUGAGAAGAAAAUAUCAGAUCUGUACGUGCUCAUUAGACAACAGAACAGUUUUCAAUUAGAUGCUAUAUUUUCGAAAAGCCAUUACUGAAUGUUUCCUUUGUUAAGCAAUAUAUGAUAAUAGAUGAGUGUUUUCCUAUCAUUCUGGCCUUUUUUAUAAUAUUAAUAAUUUAAAUUAUAAUCCCCAUCCUGUUAAAAGCCUGGUGCUGAGGGAAAAAUAAGAUUUUUUUUGACUGGCAUGAAAAGGUAUGUGUGUAUAUGUGUCUGUGUAUAUAUGUAUAUACGUGUAUGUAUGUCUAUUAAAAAGAGAAUAUCAUUCCUCUUGCAUCUUUCUGAUGCAAGUGGAGUACAGAUAAAAGGCAGAGUUAGAAGUGGUUGUUUGAUAAGAUUCCCUUCUGGUUACCAUUCUCUUCCCUCUGCCAUCACCUUUUUGUUAUUUCUAUUUAUUUAUGGAAAUGAAUGUGCGAUGUACCUCCUAUAAAGAUUAUCAGAUAUAUAUUCCCUAUGACUGGGGACCCGAUGAGCUACCUGAGGAACUCCAUUAUGUAUAAUCUCAUUUCAUUAACUUUUGGCACAAUAUUUAUUAUCUUUAUUUCUAUAUGGUUAAUCCCUGCUCCUGGAAAAAGAUAAUUUUUAGAAGUUCAGUUAGUUUCACUAAAACUGUAUUUGCUUCCUCAAUGUCUUUACUUAAAAAAAAAAAAAGAAAAAAAAAAAAGAAAAAAAAAUUUCUCUUGUGGGGAUUCCCCAUGUUCUGAGGAAACUUUUUGCUUAACUUUAGAGGAAAUAAAUCAGACUAGUGAGAAAAUGGGUCUAUCCAUAGUUGCAAUAUUCUAAUUAAUCACUGUGACAGACUGGAUUGUCUAGAAGGUUAAGAGAAAAUAAGAGUAAUUUCUGAGUCACUUGCCAAGAGAGCAUUAAAUUUCUGAAAGUGAAGUGGUUCAUUUUUUUCAGACUCCAUACGUUCAAAGUGAGAACUGUUUUUGUCAAUUGCCUAUCCAGGAGGAAGAAUAAAGUGAUUCUGGAAGUAUAAAGUGUGCACAUAAGAAUGUGAAGUAAGCUUGUCCGUUAUGAUUUCAUGAAGAAGGGAUUUCAGGGGAGAUCUUUAGAGAGUAGUUUGGGGAAGUUAAGAACUCACUCACUUGGGGCAUUACACUGGUUUUUAUAAGUGUGCAUAUAUGUUCUGUUUAAAUGCAUAUAUGAAAUUAAGGGUAUGCUUGUGGAGGAAGGGAGAGGCAAUAACAUUUCAAGUUAGCAGAAUCAAGUAGAGAAAAAGGAAAUGGUUCUUUCAUAUUGUUUGUGAAGAGAAUCUUUAUCACUUGCUCAGAGGUUCACAUAAAGGUUUGAAAAAUGUCUUAUUGUGUUUAGGUUAUAUUUAUACAAGAGAUUAAUUUUAAUAAUUUAAUAUUCAAGAAUAGUGAUACAGUGUGUUAGCUUAUGUAACGUGUAAUGUAGUUGCAGUAAUUGGGGAUGAGAGGACUUCUGGUGAGGAGCUUUGACAUUUGAAUACCAUCAUUUCAGGUCAUUGUGAGCAUUAGGUGAUCUUCAGUAAUAUCUGGGUCAGGUUGAACUGCGGACAGUUUUGGAGUAGAUUUGAUAACAGCUUGUGCUCCACACAAGACAGCAGAAUGAGAAAAGGUGAGCUCUGAGCUACUUCAUGUUCUAUGCAGAAUAGCAAUGUACGUUACCUUUUCAUCAUCACACGAUCCUACAGGAUAAGGGGUGUAUACCACCACGCAGUCAAUAUUCUUGCCAGACCUGCUGGAAAGUCCCCAGGGGUUCUAAAGUCUGCACUUUGCCUUUAUGUAAAACCAGCUUUAAAUAAAAGGUAUAGAUAGAAGUAAGUUUGAGCAGUAGGUGGCAUUUUGCUUCAUUUCUUUGUAUGUCUUUCAAGUAGAAAAUCUUUUUAUUUCUGUCAGCUGGUCAGGCUAAUUGAAUUGCAGUCUAUUAUUGCAGUACGGAGUCUAUGACUUCCUUUUACUUUCCUCAAGCCAAGCAGAGCACAUUGUUUUUCAUGUUGAAUGAGACAUUUGUGAAAUUAGAUUUAAGCAUAAAAAAGUAAAGCCGUGAGACAAACCGUUCUGAUUAGGAAUUGGGAAUAAGCAGUGCACAGUUACUUUGUAACACUGCAUUUGUCUAGACCUUCUUGUUGGUACCUCCUUUCAUUUCAUUUUUGGAACAUCCUUAAUGAUGUUUAUCAAAGCUAAAGAUAUACUUCUGAAGCCGAGUAAGGAAGUGUGUAAAUAUUAAAAAAAAAAACAAAAACCUGAAAACUUGCUUUUGAUAUUUGUAUAUAAAUUAGAUUGAGCAGUUAGCAGUAUUGAAUAAAUUCUUCCUAGCAUUUGAAAUUCCAUACCAAAAGAUGAUAUUUAGAAGACACUUCUCCUUUACUUCAAGUAAAACGUUUGUUAGAUUUCUCAGUUUGCUACUAAUUCUUGAUACUAUUUCUAGUAUUUUAUCUAUAGUGAAGAAUCUUGUCUAGCCUUCGCAGUUUUUAUACUAUACCAGCAUUCAGAAAGUGAAAUGUUUGCAGUUCAAGUUAGCAUCAGACUUACAUGAAUUAUACCAUAUCAAUAUACUUAUCUACUACUCUGUCAUAGACUAUCUAGAAACUGUACCUUCUAUCAUCCAUAUACCUUACCAACACCAGCACAAAAUGAUAAUCUGUCUUAAAUUAACUGCAUUUUUCUUGCGUAUAAAUAUAUAGCCUAAUACCCUAAGGCCCUGAUCUAAUAAAUACUGCUAGAUAAAAACACUGUAGGGUCACAUUUAAUUUGGUGGGAAUUUAAGCAUGUACUUCUGUGCUUUUGCAAAUGGGCUCUUUAUGCCUUUUGGUUUAAAACCUAUGUAGUAUUUGGUGAUAAAUGUGACACUUAGUAAUCAGUUGCCUAUGAAGUUUCUGCUAAGGAGUGACUUAAGCUGUGCAAAUGUAUACACUCUAGUUACUAGUUAUUAGUUAUAUAUUACCAAAAUCUCCAUAAAGCAUUAUGGAUAGUUGAAGACAGUGGUUCUUAAAUGAGAUAUACCACAAAGUGCUACACUUCUGCAGACUUUUUGUUUUCAUUCACUGAACUUGAUCAUUGUUUUUGUGAAUGGUCAGUCAAAUUUGGUGCUGUAAUAGGUAACAGCACAGCAACUACAAUGAAGCUAAUGAAGAGACUUUAAUACAACAGAUUGUAUUAACUUGCAUUGCUUUAAAAUUGUGCAUGUUUGUUUGGCAAGUCUAAGCAGAUGCAGGCAGUGACACAAGAGGUACGUCUUCCUUUUGGGGAGAGAAAAAUUUUGUGCAAUCUCAUGUAUGUAGGUUCGUUAUAUACCAAUGCCAGACUCAACCAAAGUGUUUGGAAGAUGCCUUUCUUUCCAUCCCAGGGAACAAAUUUCUUGUUAUUAAUAAUAGCCAGCUUCUACAGUUAAAACACUGUCUCCUCCUUCAGCACUAUAGUUAUCAGAAUACAGAAAGGCCUCUGAGUGGCAGCAUAGCAUCAUUUGCAGUUUACUUUUCAGUCAACUGCAUUAUUCAUUUUACUGAAGUCUUGAACACUCUACAGGUGUUUGUACUGUUUAAUCAAAGACAGUCUCAUUUAGUUUUUGCUCACCUUUUUGUUGUGCAUCACUGGAAGAAUACUGAUUUAUUUUUUUUGUUACUGUUUACCAAAAUGACUGAAAUAGAGUUCCUCCAGUUGUGUAUGCUUUCUGUUUUCAUUUGAUGGAUUUGGGUAACUUGGAAAGUAAUUCCAGAGCUUGGGUCUGUGACUAGGUUCUUUGCAGAGACUGUUGUAACUAAUUUCUUGUCCCCAAAGCAUGAUUGUCAGUGCAGAUUAUGGUUUAAUGCUGCUAAGGUGUUUGGAGAUUGAAAGACAAAACAUCUAGCCAUAUGUAUCAUAAAUUUAAAUGAAGCUAGAAACCAUUUAUUGAUUUAAUUUCCUAUCCAGUCAGCAUUUUCUCUUGAGGGAGACAUUUUUUUGCUUUGUAGUAACUAUUUUAAACUUAAGUGUGUACCUGGUAAUACUGCUUUAGUUGUUGCAGCUGUGAUCUAUUAAAGAAAGCCAUGAGGAGGAAAAAAAACAACAAAAAAACAAGGAAAAUUUGCUACGUGUCCUGAUCCAACCUUUAUCUAUGCAGGCACCUCUUAAUCCAAGAUUAGACAAACGCUGCUUUUAGACUUACCUCUCAUUGGUUAGUCUUCUGUUGGAAGUUUUGCUGCUACUCAAAGUUUCCUUGAUGAAAUUCAGUAAGAAAUUAUUUGAUAUGCUUCAGCAUUUGUUUAAAUUAAUAAAGCUAAAAGGCAGUGCAAAGGCCUUACUUAGAGCAACGGUUAAUCAUAUCUAAUCAUAUCUUUUGACUCUUACACAUUGUGCAAUUGUGAUUACAACUGAAUUUUUAAAUGCCAAAAAAUGCCUUUUUUAAAAAAAAAAGUUAAAUGUUAGGUCUGAGGAGUAUUAAAUGUGUACUUUUGAAAAUGAGCCUUCAGGCACUGUAACAAACUUGCUGUUAGUCUUCUGUGCAAUAUCUCUUUCCCUUCUGGGUGCUUUAAGUGUAUACUGUAUGUCUUAUUUUGGUAUGAUCAAUAUGUUUUGAGAGUGUGUAUAUUAGCUAACGAUGGAAUUUUUUUCUGUACAGCAUGGUGGAAGAUGUUUUAAAAUUUUGCACUUUUCUAGGAUUUGUGAGUUUGUAACCUAACAAUUUUUAACAUGCACAAUUUUGUACAUAAUUAGCACUGUAUAUAUUUAAAAUGAGUAUGAAGCCAAUAAAAAUAACUGAAUGCAAAAGUUCUCACUUUAUUAAUUCUGCAAAAAUGAAACUAAUGCUGUAAGAGUACACUAAAUGAACAAUUACUUUAUUACACAGGUAAAACAAGGCAGAAGGAAGAGCUGACUCUUAAUUAUGUUAAGGUAACUUUCUUUGAGGGAGGAAUCAAAGUGAAGAUGUGAACAUACAGAACCUUUCAGAGUAAGAGUACUCUUUUAUUCUUAUUCAAGCAUUUCAAUAAAGCAUGUCUUUGGGAAAGAAAGAUUGUCUGAGAAGUGAGCAGGGUGGCAAAAAGAGAGCCUAGUAAUGCACAUUUAGUUUUAUUUAUAAAGUUAAGGCUCUCUACCCAAUCUUGUACUGCAAGCAUUUCUUCCCUUCUUCAUGUGCUGACUUUUUCUGUAGAAUAUGCAAGGCUAUUGGAAAUUGCUGUCAAUCAGCAAGAAACUGAAAUCUGUUCCAGGCUCAUGUUCAGUUGGUUUCUUACCCCU